AUGUCGGAAGAUCAUCAAGAAAUUGCAGACAGGAAUAAAGAAACAAUCCGAAAAUUUCAUAAUCGCAUCAUGAAAGUUGUGUUAAAGGAUGAACGAGAAUUUGUCGGAAGAUUUGUUUGUGUGGAUAAUAAGAUGAAUACAAUUUUGAAGGAGACAACGGAAUAUAGAAAGAAACCUACCUCAACAUCAGAAGAAGCAAUUUCAUUUGAUGAACGACGAGUAGGUCUGGUGAUGCUUCCAGGUACACUUAUCACUUCUUGUUUCAUUUCGGAAUAG